AUGGCAGCAGCUCCAGAUUCUUUUGGAGACGGAAAGGAUGCUUUUCGGUGGAGAAUUAAUUUGGAGGAGGUUUUCACAGUUCAGUCUUGUUACUACAGGUUCUUUUCAAAAUUGUCUGGACCUCCUAUCAUUGCUAAUGUAGUUAAAGCUUCGACAUACAUAUGGAAGGUACAAGCUCCUACUAAAACUCUUUUCUUUGGUUGGAGACUCAUUCAUGAUAGACUAGCAACUAAAGACCAACUUUACAAAAAGGGAAUUUUGGAUUUUACCGAGAUGAAUUGCGUCUUUUGUUCGGUGGAGGAGGAGCGUUUAUCACAUCUUUUAGGAGGUUGUCAAGUGGUGAAAGAGAUUUGGUUGAAGGUGUUAGAGUGGUUAGGAUUUAUAACGGAUUUUUCGUUGGUGGAUUUCAUCACUUUCCCUUUUAUUUACGAUAAAGUGAACUCUUUAGCUAAAAGAAAGAUUAUAGGAGCUAUUUGGCUUGCUACGUGCUGGCACAUUUGGUUGAUUUGCAACGCGAUCAUUUUCAAGAAUGAGAAGUUUAGUUUCCUAGAUUGUAUGUCGGAAAUUAUGUUUAGCUCUUGGAAGUGGUUAUUAUCUAGCGGUAAGAUAGCGAAUAACUGUAAUUUUCUUGUUUGGCGCUUGUUACCGCUUACUUGUUUCGAGUAG